ACAAGUCAUCACUGACAUUAUUAUUUUGUAUAAUUUCGUAAUACUUAUAAUAUCAAUAAUUUACAUGAAAACAAGGCCUAAAGAUGUCGCAAACAUUUUUAUUAGAGCCGGAUAUAAUAGCAGCAACGGAAAAUGUUAUGCCAGAUCUCAAUAAUGAUCUGGUGCUGGCAAAGAAUUUUUUGAAACAACAAAGUGCAGCCACUGGUGACUCUUUAUACGACCAUUUAGUGGACGUGGUACAAAAAAUACUGUCCCAAAGUCCACCAGAUGUGGUGGAUAACUUCGAACAGUAUUCCUGGGAAGUGAAGCAAGAGAAGUUUCGGCCAAACUUUGAUUUGCUCAAUGACAUUUACUUGUCUCCUCCACAACUCGCGUCCGUGACGCAGGUGGAUGAAAUGUUCCGGUUGGUAGCAAGCAAAGCAACAAAGUUAGAUGACGGAGGAGAAGAGGAACAGGAGCUCGAUCUGGAGGAAGACCACUACAAGCCGAAGAUACAGGACCUUGUUGAUCAUAACUACUAUUUUAGACAGGCCGGGUACGGUUUGCCAGCCAGCGAAUGUUACGCGAUCUACAUAUCUAUGAUCAUGUUGGGUAUCAAAGAGCCUGUAUCCACUAUCAGAUUCUUCGGCAAAAUUUUUGGCAUUAAAGCGAAUUACUACGUAAUGGAAACGGACCUUACUCUAGAAGAAUUGGAUAGAAGAAUCAGGGCCUUCGAGAUGAAGGAUAUGCCUGGAGAAGGCGAAGCUAUAGACGAGGCCAGAGUCCACGCUAUAGAGGAACAGGCAGAGAUACUUGGUGAGGGGGAGGCGAAAGAGCCAGUUUCCAAGGAACCAGUGCCUCCCAAAAUCCCUCCAGAGCCAGUGUCCACGUGGCAGGCGCCUGCUCCCAUACCUGUCGAACGACCCGGCCAGGGAGUCAAUAGGAAGGUGUAUUGGGUUUGCAACCGUCCAGGCGAGCCAUGGAUCUGUCUGCCAGAUAUCAGACCAGAACACGUCCGCGUCGCCAGGCUCUCCGUGCGCUGUAUGACUGGGGAUUUGGAGUCUGAGGUUAUAACCUUCCCUCCGUUCGAGGGUACGGAGAAAGAGUACUUGCGCGCUCAAAUCGGUCGCAUCGCUGCUGCCACGUCAAUUUCCCCGCAAGGAUUCUUCACGUUUGGAUCAGGGGAGGAAGAGGAAGACCUGGACAUGGAAGAAGGGGGUGGUGACAUGGAGUUCAAUCCGAACCCAUUCUACCAGGGGCACACGUUGAAGGACCUAAUGGACUCCAACCUGACGUACUGGGUCCACCACGGGAGACACAUCCUGAAGCAGGGGAGAACUUUGUGGUGGAACCCUAACGCGGGGAUGGACGAAGGCCUAGAGGAGGAAGAUAUGGACGGUCCACCUCCAAUAGAGCCGGAGGUAGGGCCCUCCCUGUUCACGUCGCUGUCGGAGGACGCCAGGAUCGAGGGCUUGACGGCGUGGAGUGCCAGGGUCAGCAGUACCCUAUGCCCCGACAGGGCCAUGGUCGUGCUGAGGAGUAACCUUUGGCCAGGAGCCGUGGCUUAUGCCACUACUGGCAAAAAAUCCGAGUGUCUCUACGUUGGCUGGGGACUCAAGUACCAGCCCCCAAACUUCUCCCCCCUGCAGCUCCCCGUACCGCAGGUGGAGUACCCGAUCGGACCAGAAAUUAUGGAGAUGGCUGAUCCCACGUUUGCAGAUGAAGAGGCAUUCCGCAUCGCCCACCUACCGCCACCCCCGCCACCACCGAUGAUGGGAGAAGGAGAGGGCUACGGAGAAGAAAUAGAAGAAGAAGAUUAGACCUAAUUUCAAGCCACGCGAUUUUCAACUUAUUGCUAUUAGAAUAAAGUAGACAUUUCAUUGAAAAAGUUUUUAUUUUCGUAUUAAUAGUAAAUACAUACUUAUUUACAUUAUUGUUGAAAUAUUGGAUUUCUCGUUGGAUAUGAAACGUUUUGGUUUUAGAGCUAUUGUAGGGCAGAAAAUGAGUUAGUUACAUAUACUAUAUCAUUCAAGAAGUGAAAAACUUGCUAAAUUCCGUACAAAAUAUGUCAAAAUUCUAUCUUUAGUUAUCAAAUCUACAGAUACACAGCUUUUUGGAAAUGGCAGUAUGCCGGUAAUUAUUGAUAAUUAAUAGUCAUAGCUAAAAUAUUAAUACCUGAUAAUAUAUACUCAUUGAUUGUUACCUAUUUUUUUGUAAAUGGAGAUUUAAAAACGUAAUCUAAACCUUAUGUAGGCCACAUAAGAUCUUUAUCAAACUGCUUGAUAGAUUUUGACGUAAUUUUUCUUGGACCUUAAAAUAAAUAUCUACGUCUAACUUCUAAAUUAUUGCACCAAUUGUAUAUUUCAUUACAUUCUUUACUAUUAUUAGGACAAGAUUUUUAUGAAAGUGAAAUUGAAAAAAUGAAUCUGCGAAAUGUAUGUACGUUCAUAACUCUAGAACGGCUGUACCAAAUAAGAUAAUUAUUUGUAUUGUUAUAAUAAAAACCUUAUAUACAUAAUAUGGAAUAUUCACCGGGAAAACUCCACUGAAAUAGCAUCUGAGCAGAGCCAUGACAGGCUAGGUUUAAAAUUAAUAAAUAACCU